AUGGAUGUCGGCGCUGAUAAAUUGCGUCGUGAAAUUCAAAUAAUUCUUAAAGAUGCAGAUUUAAACACAUUAUCAUCAAAAAAAGUUCGACAAAUGCUUGAAGCUUUGUUCAAAUGUGAUUUUACUGAACGUAAAAAAGAAAUUGAUGAUAUUCUUAUGUCCGAAAUAACAAGACGAGAUACAGCACAAUCAAAUAAUGAUGAACAAGAAGACAAUGAUGAUGCAGAAAUGGAAACAUCUGAUGAUGAAAAACCAGCACCAUCACAUAUUAAAAAGAAAAAGAAACAACAACGUCGAAACAAUGUGAAUAAUAAUAGUACUAGUAAUAAUCAACAAAUAGCUAAAUCCGAUGAAGAACUUGCUAUGGAAAUUCAUCAGCAAGAAAAUCGUCCUAGUCUUAGACAUUCAAGACCAAUCAAAUCCAAUACAGUAUCAACUAAAAAGACGGCAUCAGUAAAAUCUGAACGACGGAAAACAUCGUACAAUAAAGAAUUAGAUUUAAGUGACCAAUUAGCCAGUGUUGUCGGUGGAAAUCAGAUGCCACGCUCGGAAGUUGUCAAACGAAUGUGGGCUUAUUUUAAAGAACAUAAUUUAUUAGAUCCAAAUAAUAAACAAUAUGUUAAUUGUGAUGAAACACUUGCAAAACUAUUCGGACGAAAACGUAUUCGUGCUUUUGGCAUGCUCAAAGAUUUAACAAAACAUAUGAGUGAUCCCGAUAAACAAUAG